CGUUUCCACGCGCGCGCACGCGCACACAGCACACGCACGCGCGUACGCACGCACACGGCUCGGAGGAUGCUCUCGUGCGCGCCGGCGCCCUCCACGGCUCUCGCGCUUCCAGCUUUUCGGAACAUGGAGCGUCACGACUGUUCUGGUGCACGCGUGCGCGAGCGUCCGCGCGUCUCUCGCGCCUCGAGCUCAUGAGUGUGAGCGCGCGGUCGGAGGCCGGAGCUGAGCGCUUUUGGUCGCGGAGGAGCUUUUUCUACCGGUCUGAACGGAGCGCGAGCCCUGCCGGAAAGCCCACAGAGAAGAGGCAAAUUAUGCCAGCAGCACCAGUGCCACUUUUCCUGGUGACUUGCCGGCGUGUUGGUGAGAAAGCCCCGCCCCUUCGCCCCAGUUCCCGCCCUCUUCCCCGCCCCUCUCCACUAUCCCCCGGGAGGCUCGUGCCGGUGGAUGCACUGCUCCGGCCAAAGCCUGCACCAUGAGUGUCAACGGCCCAGUCCCGCCUCCUUCCCCACCCGCAGACGAUGCCGAGGCUCCGCCUAACAAGCCGGUGCUACCUGUGGGAUCGCUGGCGCAGAAGAAGAGGCUCCAGUAUGCCAAAAGCAAGAGCAGCUCGGCCAACACGAGGCCACAGAGAGCACUGUUCUGCCUGAAACUCAACAACCCGAUUCGCCAGGCCUGCAUCAGCAUCGUGGAGUGGAAGCCAUUCGAUAUCUUUAUACUGAUCGCUAUUUUUGCCAACUGCAUGGCCUUAGCCGUCUACAUCCCGUUCCCUGAAGACGACUCUAACUCGACCAACCACGACCUGGAAACAGUAGAAUAUGCCUUUCUCAUCAUCUUUACAAUUGAGACCUUCCUAAAGAUCAUAGCGUAUGGAUUAGCCAUGCACCCGGGCGCGUACGUCAGGAACGGCUGGAACAUGCUGGACUUUGUCAUCGUGGUCAUCGGACUGUUCAGUGUUACGCUAGAAAUGCUGACCAAAGAAGGGGGCGAGAAGGCGACAGGAAGCCCCCCACCCGCCUCUCACGGAGGAAAACCCGGCGGCUUCGACGUCAAGGCGCUGCGAGCCUUCAGGGUGCUGCGACCCCUACGCCUGGUCUCAGGAGUACCUAGUUUACAGGUAGUGUUGAACUCCAUCAUAAAAGCCAUGGUUCCUCUUCUCCACAUUGCUCUGCUGGUUCUCUUCGUCAUCAUCAUCUACGCCAUCAUCGGCCUUGAGCUCUUCCUCGGAAAAUUGCACGCGACAUGCUUCAUAGUUGGGACAGCUGUGAUAGCGGAGGACGAGCCGGUUCCAUGUGCGGUGAACGGUCACGGCCGGGUCUGCACCCUGAACAACACGGUGUGUAAGGAAGGGUGGACCGGUCCCAACAACGGCAUCACCAACUUCGACAACUUCCUGUUUGCCAUGCUGACCGUGUUCCAGUGCAUCACCAUGGAGGGCUGGACGGACGUGCUGUACUGGAUGAAUGAUUCGAUCGGCUUGGAGCUGCCCUGGAUCUACUUUGUCAGCUUGGUCAUCUUCGGCUCUUUCUUCGUCCUGAACCUUGUUCUGGGAGUGUUAAGUGGCGAGUUCUCUAAAGAGCGAGAAAAGGCAAAGGCCCGUGGAGAUUUCCAGAAGCUCCGUGAAAAGCAGCAGAUGGAGGAGGACCUGCAGGGAUACCUUGACUGGCUCACGCAGGCCGAGGACAUCGACCCAGACAACGAGGACGAUGAAGACGGAAGCAAACACAACCGGGUCACGCUCGCUGACCUCAUGAACAAGAAGAAGAAAGGGUUAAACUUGUUCAGUCACUCUUCUGACACUCACGCGAGUGCUCCAGCAAGCGAUAACGAGUCGAUCAACACGGAGAAAGACGAGGAGAAAUGCUGUGGCGCUCUGUGUAAGAAAAUUUCCAAGUCGAAGUUCUGUCGGCGCUGGCGGCGCUGGAACAGGUGCUUGCGCAGGAACUGUCGCCUGGCUGUGAAAUCUGUGCCGUUUUAUUGGCUGGUGAUCGUCCUGGUGUUCCUCAAUACACUCACCAUUUCAUCCGAGCAUUACAACCAACCCGACUGGCUGACGGAAGUGCAGAAGGUGGCUAAUAAGGUGCUGCUGGGGAUGUUCACGAUAGAGAUGCUGGUGAAAAUGUACAGUCUGGGUCUGCAGGCCUACUUUGUGUCGCUCUUUAACCGUUUCGACUGCUUUGUCGUAUGCGGCGGAAUCAUAGAGACGAUCCUAGUGGAACUUGAAAUCAUGUCUCCACUCGGCAUCUCCGUGCUCCGCUGUGUACGACUCAUGAGGAUCUUUAAAGUCACACGUCACUGGGAGUCGCUCAGUAACCUGGUAGCAUCUCUGCUGAACUCAAUGAAGUCCAUCGCCUCGCUUCUGCUCCUGCUCUUCCUCUUCAUCAUCAUCUUCGCACUGCUCGGGAUGCAGGUGUUCGGCGGCAAAUUCAACUUUGACGGCACGCAUAAGAAACGCAGCAGCUUUGACAACUUCCCUCAGGCCCUGCUCACUGUCUUUCAGAUUCUGACAGGUGAAGACUGGAACCAGGUGAUGUAUGAAGGCAUCAUGGCGUACGGUGGUCCUUCAUCAUCAGGAAUGAUCGUGUGCAUUUACUUCAUCAUCCUCUUCGUGUGUGGAAACUACAUCCUCCUGAACGUGUUCUUGGCCAUCGCCGUGGACAACCUGGCAGGCGCGCGUUCACGCAACUCGUCGAAGAAGGCGCUGCUUGACAAGAUAGAUGAUGAAGAUGAAGAGUUUAAGGUUCCAGUUGAAGAUGAGAAGGAGAAUGCGGAUGAGGAUGAUGAAGUGGAGGCGCAAUCAGGGCCUCGUCCCACCAUCGCAGAGCUGGUGAAACAAGAGAAGAUCGUACCCAUACCAGAGGGCACAGCAUUCUUCAUUUUCAGCAACACAAACCCGUUUCGUGUUCUGUGCCACAAGAUAAUAAAUCAUCACAUCUUCACCAACCUUAUCCUCGUCUUCAUAAUGCUCAGCUCCGCCUCCCUCGCAGCCGAGGAUCCAAUCAGAGCCCACUCUUUCCGCAAUAUAGUCCUAGGUUAUGCAGAUUAUGUCUUCACUAGUCUAUUUACAUUUGAGAUUGUUUUGAAGAUGAUGACGUUUGGAGCGGUGUUCCAUAAGGGGGCGUUCUGCAGGAACUACUUCAACUUGCUGGAUCUGCUGGUGGUGGGCGUGUCUCUGGUGUCAUUUGGGAUACAAUCCUCUGCGAUCUCGGUGGUGAAGAUCCUGCGUGUGCUGAGGGUGUUGAGGCCCCUCAGGGCCAUCAAUAGGGCCAAAGGACUAAAGAACGUGGUCCAGUGUGUGUUUGUGGCUGUCAGGACCAUCGGCAACAUCAUGAUCGUCACGACGCUGCUCCAGUUCAUGUUUGCCUGUAUCGGUGUGCAGCUCUUUAAGGGGAAAUUUUACCGCUGCAACGACGAGGACAGAUCAACACCUGAUACGUGCAAGGGGACAUUUCUUUUUUACAAAGAUGGAGACAUGAAUCAUCCCACCAUCCAGAAACGCCAAUGGCACAACAGUGAUUUUAACUUUGACAACGUGCUCAUGGCCAUGAUGGCGCUCUUCACCGUCUCCACGUUUGAAGGAUGGCCUGCGCUUCUUUACAAGGCCAUCGACUCAAACCGGGAAAACUACGGCCCAAUCUACAACUACCGUGUGGAGAUCAGCAUUUUCUUCAUCAUCUACAUCAUCAUCAUCGCCUUCUUCAUGAUGAACAUCUUUGUGGGUUUCGUUAUCGUGACGUUUCAGGAACAGGGCGAGAAGGAGUACCAGAACUGUGAACUGGACAAGAACCAGCGGCAGUGUGUGGAGUACGCACUGACAGCCCGACCUCUGAGGCGCUACAUCCCUAAAAACCCCUAUCAGUACAAGUUCUGGUAUAUGGUGAACUCCACAGCCUUCGAGUACAUCAUGUUUGUCCUCAUCAUGCUCAACACGCUCUGCCUGGCUGUGCAGCACUACGGUCAGUCUAAAACAUUUAACCAUGUGAUGGACAUCCUGAACAUGGUGUUUACCGCCGUCUUCACUGUCGAGAUGGUCCUCAAACUCAUCGCCUUCAAGCCCAGGCAUUAUUUCACUGAUGCUUGGAACACGUUUGAUGCCUUAAUUGUAGUUGGUAGCGUCGUAGAUAUUGCUAUCACUGAAGCUAACCCUGCAGAGGGGGAAGAGUUGCCGCCCACAGAGGCUCCAAAGGUGGAUGAGUCGGGGAAUGUAGAAGAAAAUGCUCGCAUCUCCAUUACCUUUUUUCGGCUGUUCAGAGUGAUGCGAUUGGUCAAGCUGCUCAACAGGGGGGAGGGAAUUCGGACCCUGCUGUGGACCUUCAUCAAGUCUUUCCAGGCUUUGCCAUACGUCGCUCUGCUGAUUGCCAUGCUGUUCUUCAUCUAUGCCGUCAUUGGUAUGCAGAUAUUCGGGAAGGUAGCCAUGGUGCAUGGCAGUCAAAUCAACCGGAACAACAACUUCCAGACUUUUCCCCAAGCCGUGCUUCUGCUGUUCAGAUGUGCCACAGGUGAGGCGUGGCAGGAGAUCAUGCUGGCGUGUAUGUCUGGGAAACUCUGUGACCCAGAGUCAGACUAUAAUCCAGGAGAGGAGAUGACCUGCGGCAGCGGCUUCGCAAUUAUCUACUUUAUCACGUUCUACAUGCUUUGUGCAUUCGUGAUCAUUAACUUGUUCGUGGCGGUCAUCAUGGACAACUUUGACUACCUGACCCGCGACUGGUCCAUCUUAGGACCACACCACCUUGACGAGUUCAAGAGGAUAUGGUCCGAAUAUGAUGCAGAAGCCAAGGGAAGAAUAAAACACUUAGAUGUUGUGACGCUACUGCGACGAAUUCAGCCUCCACUUGGCUUUGGAAAGCUCUGUCCUCACAGAGUAGCAUGCAAGCGUCUAGUGGCCAUGAACAUGCCUCUGAACAGUGAUGGCACUGUGAUGUUUAAUGCCACACUGUUUGCUCUGGUCAGAACUGCACUGAAGAUCAAAACCGAAGGAAAUCUGGAGCAGGCAAAUGAGGAGCUGCGAGCUGUCAUUAAAAAGAUCUGGAAGAGAACCAGCAUGAAGCUGCUUGACCAAGUGGUGCCCCCUGCUGGUGAUGAUGAGGUAACUGUGGGGAAGUUCUAUGCCACCUUUCUGAUACAGGACUACUUUAGGAAAUUCAAGAAACGUAAAGAGGAUGGACUGGUGGGAGUUCCUCCUACCCAGAACAACAUGGCCAUCACGCUGCAGGCUGGUCUCCGCACGCUGCAUGAUAUCGGGCCCGAAAUCCGCCGUGCCAUAUCAUGUGACCUCCAGGAUGAGGAGCUAGUAGACUUUAUACCUGAGGAGGACGAGGAGAUUUAUAGGCGAAACGGUGGCCUUUUCGGCAAUCACAUUAACCACAUCAACGGCGACCCCCACCGAGGUUCCGGGCAUCAGACCAACGCCACACAGCGCCCCCUGCAGGUUCAUCCUCCCCCGCACUACGCUGACAUGGAACAGCCCGUGGGCCGGCUGGAUCGCGCCAAUGCCAUGGCCCAACAUAAUCAUCAUCACCACCAUCAUCAUCAUCACAAUCACCACAAUUCUUACAGCAAGUCACCCAAGUCCACCAACAUCAAUCUGAACAAUGCUAACAUGUCUAGCCUGCCCAACGGAGGCCAUAAUCGCUCCUACCAGCAUCCCCCGGCCAACGGAUACACCGGCACGUACUACCCAGGGGAAUAUGAAAAGCCUCGGACGCCACGUGGACACAGAAGGCGCUACUAUGAGGCCUAUAUUAGGCCACAUGGCAGCAUCAGGCGCCAACCCACUAUUCGUCGGGAGGAAGAUAUGGAGGAAGAAGGAUACUCUGGGGAGUACUACAGCGGAGAAGAGUUUUAUGAGGAAGAUGCAGUGCAGCCGGGAGACAGGAAUCCCAACAGCGAUCAGGAGUACGAGACUCCCCGUGGCUACCAUCAUCCUGACAGUUACUAUGACGAUGACGAGCAGCCCCUUUACCACGACUCGUAUCGGUCACCAAAGAGACGGCGGCUUCCUCCCACACCGCAAGGAAACCGGAGGCCAUCGUUCAACUUCGAGUGUCUGCGCAGACAGAACAGUCAGGAUGAGCUUCCUCGCCAGCGAACUGCUCUUCCUCUACAUUUAAUGCAACAUCAGGUGAUGGCAGUUGCAGGGCUCGACUGGAGUAGAGCUCACAGAAUCUCACCUACUCGCUCCACUCGCUCAUGGGCAACGCCUCCUGCCACGCCUGCCAGUAAAGACCGCACCCCCUACUAUACACCAAUGAUCCUUGUGGACCGUCUGCGCCGGGACAGCAUGGGCAACAGCUACUGCUCUGUUAGAAAGAGCUCAUGGUACACUGAUGACCCGGAGUACCAGCAGAGCACCUACUCACCAGUCCACCUUCAGAUCCCACAUGAGUACCACAACCAGUACCACCAAAAGAGAGGCAGCGCCACCAGCCUUGUGGAGGCGGUUUUGAUAUCAGAAGGACUGGGAAGAUUCGCUAAAGACCCCAAGUUUGUUUUGGCUACAAAGCACGAGAUCGCGGACGCCUGCGACAUGACCAUCGACGAGAUGGAAAGUGCAGCAAGCCACCUUCUGAACGGUGGAGUCAUGCACGGGGUCAACGGGGUCAGCGUUUACCCAGUCAUGAGACAAAAAGAGUACGAUGUGCAGGACGUUUCGGCCAACUACAGCGACGAAGAGCCGGAAUCCGAAUCUCGGCCACGUUACGAGGAGGACUUGGCGGACGAAAUGAUCUGCAUCACCACUUUAUAGCGUAACAGCUGAAGCAAAUGGACUUGUUUGUUUCUCUCUCACUCACACACACACACACACACACACACACACACACACAAAGAAAUGCAUCUAUUGGCUUAUAACCAAAAGAAGUGCCUUCCUUUCGAGAGGAGUAGAAAGGCACCAGGAGUAAGGACACGCUUGCCCCGCCUACUCUCUCCCUUACUGGUCGAGGUGCAUAUCCAUCACAGGCCACGGGGGAGGGGUCACUCUGCCAGGAAUCAGUGAUCUACUCUGUGGGACAUGUGCUGUUGAUGCGUCGCAGCUCGCCGCUAUCUGAAGAUAAAGUCUGUGCUGAACUGUGACCGGCCGCUUGCACCGUCACUUCCGGCUACGGACCAAUCAGCAGCGAUCGUCGCUAUUUUUUUUCCCCAAGGUGAUGACAAUCAGAUUCAAAAUGUCAUUACCUCAGUCACGUUAUUAGGGUUUUUUGCAAAUCACGCAUGUUUCCGAUGCAAGCUAAGUAUGGCAUAUCUCCCCUUUAGAGGAUUUAGUUUUCAAUUGAUUCAUUAAAGGUUGAUGAGAUUA